ACAAAUAACAAACAACAAAGAUAACUACUUCUGAAAAGAUGUCAGCGAUUACGGAAAUAUCUGUUAAUUUGCCAAAGCUGUUGGGAUUGUUUAAAGAAACAGUUGUGCCAAAACUGACCAACAACAAACACAAAGGGCAGUAUGGACGCAUCGGCGUAAUCGGUGGGUCCUUGGAAUACACCGGUGCCCCCUACUUUGCGGCCAUUUCAUCAAUAAGAGUUGGAGCUGAUUUGGCGCAUGUGUUUUGUCAUUCCAAUGCAUCCGCAAUUAUCAAGUCUUAUAGUCCUGAUCUUAUCGUACACCCAGUUCUGGAUUGCGUAGAUACAGUGGAAAAAAUAACGCCCUGGUUGGAUCGACUUCAUGUGAUUGUUAUUGGCCCUGGACUGGGUCGAGAACCAGGUAUCUUAAAAACCGCAUCUAACUUACUGAAGAUUUGUAUGGAUGUUCAAAAACCAGUUGUUAUUGACGCCGACGGACUGUUUCUUCUUAAUGAUAACCUUGAUUUGAUCUGCGGACAACGCAAUGUCAUCCUGACACCCAAUGUCAUGGAAUUCCGGAGACUAUUUGGAGAGGAUAUCAAUGAGGCGCGUAAAAAAAUGUCUCUGCUUGGAGAUGGAGUAGUCGUUCUGGAAAAAGGCGCUAACGAUAAAAUUCAUUUUCCCCAAAUCAACGAAGUUCACACCUUGCCAACCGGAGGCUCUGGUCGUAGGUGCGGUGGUCAGGGCGACUUGCUCUCCGGAUCCUUGGCCACCUUCUUCUAUUGGUCGCUACAGUCAAAUCAAGAAAAUCCUGCGUUUAUAGCUGCUUGUGCCUCCAGUUAUUUUGUCAAGAGGCUAAACUCAGCUGCUUUUCAGAAGUUCGGACGUAGCCUGCUAGCGAGUGAUAUGGUAAACGAAAUACCAGCAAUAUUUCAGGCUGAAUUUGAAAACAGCGACUCUUAAUAAGUUUUAACUGAUGGCC